UGUUGCAUUAUGCUUCCACUUUGCGUUGUUCUGUCAGUUCUCAUCAUGAAAAUCCCAGGAGGAUGUGUUGGCUUCCUUGAUGCCACAGUUCUGUUUCUCAUCUGGCUGACAAAGCAGACAGUGGGCUCGGGUCCGCUCUCCGCUCCAGAGGAGGUGACCGCAGCAAUCGGAGGAUCUGUGACGGUCGCUUGUCAGUAUGAUCCUCAGUACACAAGCAACACAAAGUACUGGUGCAGAGGAGCGGUGUAUAUCCUUUGCAGAAUAGUGGUGAAAACCCCCAGGAACAGAGACAGUGAUAGAAGCUUCAUCGCUGAUAAUAAGGAGGCAGGAGUCUUCACCGUAACUAUGACUUCACUCAACUACAGGGAUGAGGAUGUGUACUGGUGUGUCAUCGCAAUACAUGGAGGGAACAUCCGAACUCGAGUCCAGCUCCUUGUCUCCCACACAGUCACAGUGGUGACACCCACCGCCCCGAUGGCACUGAAUCAUGAUGAAAUAAGUUGGUGGGCGACUCUACGCUGGAUCCUCUUUAUUUUAAUGUUGUGCUGUUUGAUAUCAACUCACAUCGCUGUGUGGCGGAUACAAGCUGCGAAGAAGAACAUGUCGGCAACAACAAUUUCACCAUCACAACUCACUUAAGUAAACAAUUAUGAAUGAAAGUCAGGCAGCACCAUAUUUCUAAUCAUGGGUGAAUUAUAACUGUGUAUGGCCACAGAACCAUUCCUCCAGCAGACACUCUAUCAGAGUGUGAAUUAAACUGAAAAAUAAACCAAGUGAAAAAUUG